CGGAUAUUUCCGUAUAAUCUUCUUUCAGUUUCAGAUUCCACAAACGCAUCCCUCCUCAGAAAUUUGUUUUAUGCAAGUCUGGGAGCUGGAUGUUACUUUAUUUUAGUAUGUAACGUCUUUAAUGUUCAACUUUAAAGUUCAAGAAAAAUGUGACCACUCAACGCCAACAACUAUUUUUUAAUUCUAAUAAUUUCUUGGCCGCCUUCUAAAUUUCUACAAUUUUAAUUUUAAUAUGCAGUUUUAGUAUUAGCCUGGGCUUGUGAUAGUGGUAGUGUUUUCCUUUGUCCAAUUAAUUGUGAAAUUUCUAUUUUUCAUUAUAUAAUAUUAUCAAUAUUAUCAUAUAUCAUUUAUUUUACCCACAUUGUAAUUGUAAAUUUAUAUAUUAAUGCAUUAUAUACUAUACUAUAUGCUCCUAAGCAUAAUUUACAGUACAGUAUCAUGUCAUGAAUCAAUGAAUAUGAAUGCAGAGGCAAACUGGCUGAACUUUGGCAGUAAAUUUUAAUGUCUUGAUAUUACAUUGUUAAUAUCAUCAAAGUGUAAAUUAGUCUGUUGAACGCCCUGCUUAUACUCAUACAAAUAUUAUAAAAUACACAAAUUCAUAUACUUAUAUUUUAGUUUAUUUGAAAUAUUUCCAAACUUCAUUUUCAAUUAAGAAUCACUGUUGACUAAUGGCAAGUUGGCAUACAGAUUUUGUAAUACUUCAUUUAACUUCCAUUCACUCUCAGAACUGAUAAAAUGGACAGCCCUGGGUCAUCUGAUUUGAGUGGAGAUAUACACAUAGCUCCAUGUGAAAGAGAAUCACACAUGAAAUGGAUACAUGAUUUGAAACAAGCAUUUGAAGAAAAAGGGUUAAAAUGUGUUAUUGUUUACAAGCAUUGUAAGUAGUAUAAUUUCCAACAUCUGCUUUAUGAUAUUUUUAUUAAUUGAUCAUCAAAUGUCUUAAACCUGUUUAUUUUAUUGAUGAUCAAAAAUUUAAAUGCAUUCAUAAUUUAUUUUAAUAUUAAAAGACUAUAUAUAAUUAAGAUAAAUUAAAGCUACAAGUCAUAGUGUAACAUUUAUUAAGAUCAAAACCAAUUGGUUCUGAUUUUUAGCUUUCUCUAUUACAGAAUAUAUUUGAAAAAUGUGAUGUAUUCUUUGACAUUUAAUUUUAUGAUUUAUUCAGAAUUCUGUAUUUAUUUGUAAUUCAUUCGCAAGAUUACAUCUAUAUGCUUUUCUCAGUUACCUUAUCUUCACAGAAUGUGAGAAACUUGUUUGAUAAAAUACUGUAGCUUACUUUAUUUAAUGAAACUACUACAUGAACCAUAUUUGUUGUGAUAUUAAGGGCAGAUACUGUUAUUCACUGUUUAUUUAUGAACUUUGACAAGUAGCUUGUUUUUUAAUAUCAUAUGUGAAAACAAAGUCAGAAAAAGUAAGUAGUGUUUAUUUAAUGUUUUGCAGAUGGAAAAAUUUCAAAAUGGUUUGAAGAAGCCUUCAAUAAUUGUCGAUUUACAAUUGUUCAUAGAUGUCGAAAACUUGUGCAGGCUGUAAGUUAUUUUGCUUUUAUUACAUUGUUUACUUAUUUAUUUUUAUAACAUAGUCACGAGUUCCUGUCUUAUUUCAUUGCUGUAUUAGUGGUAAUUCAGUUGCUGACACUAUGAAGGUUUUUUUUAAAAAUCAAAUUUAUUUAGUCUCUAAACAAGAAAAGAAAAUCCCUUUCAGAUAAAUUUAUUUACAGCUAAUUAACUUUUGUAACAUGUUCCUUGAGACAUUGGUUUUUAUUUUUCUUUGUUUCAAUAGAUUGAAUCAUGCCAAGGUCUCAUGUCAGAAAAUGGUGACAAGGUCAUGGUAGUAGACUUUAAUGUCCGGGGUAAGAAAAAAAGUGAUGACAACCUUUAUACAUUUUUUAAUGAAUACACUAAAAAUGUAAUAAAAGAUGAGAAGGAUUUGCAGGUUUUUGUGAAAAAGACAAGCAACAUCUUAAAGGAGCUGAGUCCAGUGAUCAAUAAAAUGAAUCAGAUCCCAAGUAUUACUGGCCAGGAUGAGAGCCAAGGUCCACUCAGUCCAGUUAGGAGUGAAGUCAGCCUGACAGAU